AUGCAUAUCAAGGGCUUCUUUUUGCUGCUGUUGGGUGUUCAUAUCCAAUCGGUAUUUGCUGCACCAUGGGAGGCUCGAAUUAAGGAACGCGACGACUCCAUAGCUUUGUCUUCGACGACCACUUCUACGUCACCGUCGAUCUCAAGUGGCGCAAAAGAUCCUGAAGGCAGCAAUGAGAGCUUCACAGCAACUUCAACCACCGCAUACUCGCAACGGACUUCUUCGUCAAUGACUACAUUAUCUUCGAGUACUGCAAUGUUGACCUCUACUGCUUCAGCACCCUCAAUAAGCGGAGCAGCUACAAGUGUAUUUGUCACAGGUCCAACCUUCAAUUCUACAAUAACACCCGGUCAAUUACCUCUCCAACCCAAGAUCACACCAGGUUUUGCUAUUGUAGGAGUUAUCCUCAUCGCUACUGGCGCAUUGUAUACUUUCAUUGGAAUAAAGAACAAAUGGCUACACAUCUCUCUUUCGACAGGAUACCUUGUCAGUGUUGCCAUCACCGUACUCAUCCUAUACGUGAUGAACUUGCCUGUUAGCAAUUCGGUGCAGGGUGCAUAUGUCGUUGCAAUUGUACUACCUGGAUUCAUUAUUGGAGGAUGCUCAUUAAUCUUCGCAGAGAUGGCCGAGGGUCUUGGAUGCCUUCUGGGUGGGUUUUGCUUCAGCAUGUGGCUGCUUGUGAUGAAGGCCGGCGGACUACUCACCUCAACAAGUGGAAUAUCAGUAUUGAUUGCAUUAAUCAGUAUUGCUGCUUUCUCAUUGUCUUUCAGUCAUUAUACCAGGACAUACGGAUUGAUUGUGUGUAUCUCAUUCGCUGGUUCCACGGCUAUCGUUUUGGGUAUCGAUUGUUUUAGUAGAGCUGGCCUAAAAGAAUUCUGGGCAUACAUCUGGAACUUGAAUUCAAACCUGUUUCCUCUGGGCGCGACUACAUACCCUGUAACAAAAGGGAUUCGUGUCGAGAUUGCUGCAAUUUUUAUUAUAUUCUUAGCUGGUAUAGUGUCUCAAUCGAAGCUGCACAAGAUGAUCCUAGAUCGCCGUGCGCAGAGAAUGGCGGAGCGGCAGGAAAACAAAAGAGUUUUGGAAGAGGAGGAAAUGAAUGUAGCAAAAUCCAUUGAGGAUCAAAACGUCGCAGAAAAAGAACGAUGGGAGCGAAUAUACGGCGAAAAGGUUGGAUCAGGAGAUGAAUCAACAAGAGAUUCUGCACUAGGUGACAUGGAAAGUUCAAAAAGGGGACCUGCUAGCACUGUGACUUCCAUCGGGGAACUUGAUGGAACAGAAAUUGAGAUGUCCGACAUUUCUUCGCCCACAAGACCGAAUGGAGCAGGACUUGUUACGCCUAACGAGAACGGACAGGAUGGAGCAAUCACAGUUCGUGUUGCUCAAGAUAUUGAGCCCAAAGUUGAACAAAACGAGGAUGAAAAUUCUGUACCAUCGCAUCAACUCAGUCAAGGAUCCGAUAAACCUCAAGCAACAACAAGCCUGGCAGAAGAUGGAGUUUGGGUCAUUGGCGCUGACGGAGAAGCUCACCACGCAAGUCGACCUUCCCGGCAACUUUCGAACAGGAUUUCUACUCGAGCAAUAACAGCCACGCCGGAAGUAGUGCCUCUUCCAUUCCAAGUUCCAGAAAACGAACUAGAAGAUAAUCGCUCUUCGAUUGCUACUUUACCGGAUGAAGAACUAGCAGCAGGCAAUAGAGGAUCAAGACGCAUAUCCAGUGGUGGGUCAGCAUUAAUUGAAAGGCUCUAUGUUCGAUCUAAAAGAGGAUCUCAAAGAUAUUCACAAGAUCAAGGUAUUAGCACGGAGGAUUUGGUGAUCCCUUAUGCCAAUGAGGACGACCGUGCAAGUUCUGUUGCCGCAACUGUGGAUGAUCUCAGUGAGGAUGAAGAUAUGGAGAGGGGAAGUUUACGAUCAUCAUUUACUGAUCAAGACUCACCCAUGCCGGAUGCAGAAUUUCUUGCGGAAAGUCAACAAAUCGAGCAAGAUCUAGUAUUGCCAAGUCAGACGACAGCUGAACCACGAGACAAUUUAUCUGGACAAACUGUUUCUUCGUUGCCGAUGGACCUCACCUCCGAAGGUGCUCACAACAAGCUUGCUAGCGCAGUGUCUGGUAUGAGACAGAGUUCCGAGCUUCGGCCAGAAUCGGGAUUUACUGUUGCUACUGACAUUCUUGACCCCCCAAGAAGCGAAAUGUUACCAAAGGAGCCAAUGCAACGAGGGCACUCUUCAACGCCAAGUGGGAAUGAUGCAGCCAACACAAUCCAAUUUGCGGAUGGAGAAAAUGUUGAAGAUGACGAGAAUAGAACUGAAUCCAAAUUCAUGGCAGAGCCAUCCGUCAAAUCUACACCUGACAUUAAAACUACGACAAUCACGAAAGACCGAUUACCUUCGCAGGUUUCGAGAGUUGUCAUAUCAUACCGUACCAACGAGUGGGCGAAACAUUUGGGCCAUGCAGACUCUCCGCAAAUGGAAGAACUGAACAUUUCCGAUGACAUCACCGAAGACUCCAAAGCAGAAUCGGCUGCUCCCGUGGAUGUUGAAGCACUUCAACAAACAGCUCACAGUGCUCUCCCCUCGCCUGCACCACGAUCAUCUGCCCAUCAAUCAAACCAACCCUCAGGUCUGACCAGAUCAAGUUCAACUCAAUCGAAUAUCACCCCUUUCAAGACGAUACCCGAGAAUUCUUCCGUUCAUGGACAUGAUGUACUGACACGAAACUCCUCACAGCAAUCGCCGAGAGGACUCGCAAUGCACCGGUCAUUACGCAGCACUUCAAAUCACAACAUUCCAGAGCCAAUCGUCGAAUUACCAGGGAGGGAAACUACAUCUUCGCAAAGACAAUCUUUCCAGUCGAAUUCUUCUCCAUUUGGAAAUUCCAAUACUCUAAUGGGAAAACGUGACACAAUGCUACGCAACAGGUCAUCUUACUUCCCCACUACAAAUUCUUCCCCACGUUCCAUGGCUCCAACUCCCGAGCCAACUCAAUCUCCCCUUCCACAUUUUCAAUCCGCCUCACCUUCUCAAAUGGGUAGCGAAACGGGUUCCAUUCAUGGUUCACUACGAAAUCAUCACACAAGCCCAUCAUCACCCAUCAUGGUCUCAGCCAGCGAUGACAUGCCCCUCUCCCAGCGGCGCGAACUCAUCCGCCAAUCCACGCAAGCGUUCAUCCAACCCACCACAGCCUUCAACUCUCACCAGCCCCGUCGACAAUCCGGAGCUCCGAAUCCAAUGGUUAGAGAACAACAGUUGGCGACGUGGAGAAAGAGCGUAGCGCAUGAUUUGCAAGCGCAAAGACAGAGGGAGAUGGAGGGGGUGGAGAGACAGAGGAGUGUUUUGUGGAGGGAACGGAAGGGGGAGGAGCAGAGGAGGAUGGUGGAGGAGAGGAGGAGAGGGGAGAGGGAAGUUAGGAGGGAUGAGAUGAUGAGGAUGGUGGGGGGUGGGAUGGAGGGGGCUCAUAGGAGGUUGUUGGGGAGGAUGCAGGAUGAGGCGAGGAAGGUGAUUUGA